GCCGAGUUGACUGCAGGCCCGCAGGGCCUCCACGGGGCGGGAUCCCUUGCUAGGGUGGUAUGGGGGCGGGGCGUGGGUGCCGGGGCGGAACCCGAGGGCCGGAAGCGGACGGAACCCGGGGUCCCGCAAGCAGCCCGCCAUGGACGAAGCGGACCGCCAGCUACUGCGGCGAUGUCGGGUGCGCCUGGUUGGCGAGCUGCAGGUCGCCGAGCUCUGGGACGCUCUGCUGAGUCGAGAGCUCUUCACGCGGGACAUGAUCGAGGAUAUCCAGCGGGCAGGCUCUGGGUCUCGGCGGGAUCAGGCCAGGCAGCUGGUCACCGAUCUUGAGACCCGAGGGAGGCAGGCCCUUCCUGUCUUCAUCUCCUGCUUAGAGGACACAGGCCAAGACACCCUGGCUUCAUUCUUGCGAACUAGCCGGCAAGCAGCCAAGCAGGAUCCAGAGGCUGUUAAACCCCUAGACCACCUGGUACCUGUGGUCCUGGGACCAAUUGGACUCACACCAAAGGAGCAGAGAGUAGUGAAGCCGGACCCAUCUCAGCCUGCCCAGGGAAACCUCACACCUGUGGUGCUGGGGCCAGAAGAACUCUGGCCUGCUCGCCUCAGACCAGAGGUUCUCAGACCAGAAACUCCCAGGCCAGUGGACAUUGGUUCUGACAGAAGCCAUGAUGUCUGUGCUCCAGAGAAGAUCAAGGGUCAUGCAGAUACGGCCUACAUCCUGGAUGCGGACCCCUGUGGCCACUGCCUCAUCAUCAACAAUGUGAACUUCCGCCCUUCCUCGGGGCUCAGCACACGCACUGGCUCCAACGUAGACUGUGAGAAGCUUCAGCACCGCUUCCACUGGCUGCAUUUCAUGGUGGAGGUGAAGAAUGACUUGACUGCCAAGAAAAUGGUCACAGCUUUGGUGGAGAUGGCACAACGGGACCACCGCACCCUGGACUGCUUUGUGGUGGUCAUCCUCUCUCAUGGGUGCCAGGCCAGCCACCUGCAGUUCCCGGGUGCUGUCUAUGGCACAGAUGGAUGUGCCGUGUCCAUCGAGAAAAUUGUGAACAUCUUCAAUGGGACUGGCUGCCCUAGCCUGGGAGGGAAGCCGAAGUUGUUCUUCAUCCAGGCCUGUGGUGGCGAGCAGAAAGACCACGGCUUUGAGGUGGCCUGUACUUCCUCUCAAGGCAAGGCCUCUGACAGUGACUCUGAGCCAGACGCUGUCCCAUACCAGGAAGGCCCAAGGACCUGUGACCAGCUGGAUGCCGUGUCAAGUUUGCCCACUCCCAGUGACAUCCUUGUAUCCUAUUCCACCUUCCCAGGUUUUGUCUCCUGGAGAGACAAGAAGAGUGGCUCCUGGUACAUUGAGACCUUGGACGGCGUCCUGGGGCAGUGGGCUCACUCUGAAGACCUGCAGUCCCUCCUCCUCAGGGUUGCCAAUGCUGUUUCUGAGAAAGGAAUUUAUAAGCAGAUUCCUGGCUGUUUUAACUUCCUCCGGAAGAAACUGUUUUUCAGGACUUAAUGAGGCUGGGGUUGCACAUUGCUUCAUUGUUCUUUCCUAAACCUUCAUACCCUGGAGGUGGCUGAGACCAGGACUGUCCUGAAAAGCCAGGGUUUUGGAACUGGGACAGGCCGCUCUUUCCCCUUGUGUGGCAGACAGGCUCCUAGCAGCUUCCAGGUUGGUGAGAGACGCAGAGCGGUGGAGGGAGAGGGAGAGUGUGCUGUGGAUGCCACCUGGCCUCUUCAUCUGUGCUUCAUCUAAGCACAGAUGAUCUGUGACCCCAGGCCCUCUCUAGAGCAGGGCUUCUCUGCCGCUGAAUGGCUGACGUGUGUGUGUGUGUGUGUGUGUGUGUGUGUGUGUGUGUAAUCCUGUCAUGGGAUUAUCCUGUGUAUUACAGGGUGUUUUGCACCAUCUCUGGUCUCUACCUGCCAGCUGCCAGGAGCACCCUUCCUGAGUUCUGCUAACCAGAAAUGUCUUCAGACAUUGUCACAUGUGCCCAGGGGACAUAACAGCCCCCACUGGAGGACCACUGUCCACAGGGGUCUGGGGCUCAGACCCGCAGUCCAGCGGAUCUCUGAGUUUCACUGAAGUUUUCAGAAGGGUUCGUUUUUCCUUUAUUGUAUCAUUUAUUUUUAAAAAAUAAAUCUUAGGCCAAAGGUCUUCCUUUUGCCUGUGUCGUUCCCCACUCCUAUUGUCUGUUCUUCCCUACAAAGGAGACUUUGGUUUUUUCCUGAACAUUUCUCCAUGUCUUCUAAGUUCCCUGCCUGAGUCCAGAAGGUGACUUCUGGGGGAGCCCGGAGUCUCCAUGGAUCAAGUCUCCUGUCUGAAGGACCAUGAUUACCCUUCUGGAGACACCUGGACAGAGCUUGGCUAUCCUGAGUCCCCACUGCUGUCUCCUAGUGUCUUCCUUGCCAAGUGAACCUGUCCCCUGAUGGCAGUGACGUGCAAUGGUGAAAUGCUGGCCUUCCCUGGAGAACGUGCUGCCCCUGGGGUCUGUAUAGCUAUCCUGACUUUGACUUAGUUUCCUUUCUUUCUGAUAGUCUUUGCUCUGUGAACAUCCACUGGAGCUCACAUGGUUCUGACUGUGUAGCGCAUCCCUGAUGCCUCCUGAGCACUGGAUUAUAGUGUGCCCCAUCACACCACACUCCUCCAGGGCUUUGUUUUCCGGGCCCUGAGGUAGGAUGUCUGGUUAAUAAGACAGAUCAUACCAGGACGUGAUUCAUAGAGUCACUUUAUUACUGCUUUCCAUGUGUGCAUUUCCAAGGUGACAGCCCCAGAGCCAUCUUCCCUUAGUUCUUUUGAAUCACCUGCAGGACACACAGGAGAAGGUGAGGUUAACCUGAUGGCUGAGCAUCGAGUUCAGUGACUCAGGGAGAAAGGGCAUGGUCAUGGCUUUCCCAACCUGUAAAGAGGGAUCUUCGCCUGGAGUCCUGCUGGGGCCUCAGGACCAGAGGCCACGCAUCUCUAAUGAGUGCAUGACAAAUGUACAGAUUGGUGUGGCUUUGGGUGCAAUUUGUUUCUUUGUUUUUCUGAGACUGGGUCUCACUGCAUAGCUCUGGCUGUUGUGGAAAUCAUUCUGUAGACCAGAGUGGCCUUGAACUCACAGAGCUGCCUGCCUCUCUCUGCCUCCCCAGUGCUGGGAUUAAAGGUGUGCACCACUAUGCCGUGCUAAUUUGUUUCCAAGACCAUUAGUGGAUCAAAUACUUUUUUGGGUGUGUCUGGUUUUGGUGCUGGGAUAGAAUUUGGGGUCUCACACCUGCGCUACCAUGGAACUGCACGAUAACCCUUGGGGCUUUUUUUUUUGAUAUGGGGUUUCUCAUAGCCCACGAUGGCUUCAGAGUUGCUUUGUAGCCAGGGAUGCCCUUGAAUUCCUGACCUCUCACCUCCCCGUGCUGGGAUUCCCUGUACAUUCUAACAUACAGGCUCCGUACACAGCGGAGCUGCCGGUUGCUAUAGCCCAGGCUCUCAGCAGAGUCCAAGGCUUGCUCACUUCAGCAGUGCAGGCAUUAUAAGGGAAUACAAAUGAAACAUCCCUUGUUGGUUUGUUUGGUUUUGCUUUUUUUCUUCUUAAAGACAGGGUUUCUUUAUGUAACAGCUCUGGUUGUCCUGGAACUCACUUUGUAGACCAAGGUGGACUUGAACUCACAGAGGUCUGCCUGCUUCUCCCUCCCAAAUGUAGGUGUUAAAGGUGUUUGCCACCAUUCCAGGCUAAAUGUUUUGAUUAUGUCUGGCAAUACAGAGUUUUUGUUUUGUUUUAUAUUUUUGUCUUAUAUGCACACAAAACCCAGAAGAGCACAUGGCAUGUAAUUCAGUGAUUCCCUCUGUAGAAUGGGAACACAGGUUAAAGUGAGGUCUUCACUGCUUACUUAAUAACUCCUAUAUUCUUUUUAUAAAAAUAUUUUAAAUAGGGCUGGAGAGAUGGCUCAGUGGUUAAGAGCACUGCCUGCUCUUCCAAAGGUCCUGAGUUCAAUUCCCAGCAACCACAUGGUGGCU